AUGCGUCUGGUAACAUUUCUUAAGACCGUCGCGCGAGAAAUGCUUGAUCUUGAGUAUGGGUCCGUCGACGACAAGCCGAGAGAGUACAUGAAAGUACAGUCAGGCACACAGCGAAAGAGCGGCUCGUGCUACAAUGUCCAAGCAUCGCAGAACUCCACUAUAGGUAAUUCAAGUGAUCCGAAACGCCAAGCACAAGCUAGAAGGUGUUUUCUGUGCAACAAUGAUCAUCUCAUGACCACCUGUAAAGUGUUUCUGGAGAUGUCGCCACAAAAGAGGCUCGACGCUGUCCGUGAGAAGCGAUUGUGCUUUAACUGUCUGCAGUUCAGAAACCACACAGCAAAAAUGUGCAAGUUCGCAGCUAGGUAUGGUGCCAACAACUGCACUUGUAAACAUUCUAAGUUGCUGCACGCAGCAUUGUCAGCAGCUAGAGACAAGGUAUCAUAUUCGCAGAGCUCUGAUACCGUAGAACGUAGACAAGAUCGUGAAGAGGCUCAGGUGAAACAGGUGAAAGGUGACAGUUUUGCAUGUGGUGGUAGUGCCGUAAAGAUGGUUUCCCUUCCGAUUGUGACUAUUUAUGUGAAAGGGAUAGGACAGGAUGAGUAUAUCCAGACUAAUGCAUUACUUGACUCUGGAAGCAACAGAACGUUUUGUUCUAAGGAGCUGAUUGAGCAGUUGGGAGUCAAGGGGAAGCAGACUACUCUUUCGCUGCAGACGCUGAACGAAGGAAAGGAUACAGCUGCGAAUGAAGUGAGUCUUGAAGCAAUCGGCACCAUCGGCAAGAGAAGGAAACGACAGGUCAUUCAGCUGCCUAAGGUGUACGCUCUUAGCGACUUUCCCGCAUUGAAGGGAAGCGUUGCUCUGUCGACAGAUGUACGUACAUUUAGUCAUUUGAAUGACAUUUGCAUAUCCAAUAGUGCAGAGUUGGACGUUGCCAUCAUCAUUGGUCAGGAUGUGCCACAGGCUCUUGUGCCGCUGGAAGUCCGUCGAGGCAAAGAGGGAGAACCGUAUGCAGUCAGAACUGCUCUCGGAUGGACAGUGAAUGGCCCUCUAGACACCGUUGCCACAUACACUGAUGCGAGGUGUAAUUACGUUCAUGUUGAGGCAGGUUCCGACCUUGGACUUGAAGCUCAGGUCGAGAGAUUUUGGAACAUAGAUACUGGCCAUGUGCUCGCGGGUAGUAGGCCGCAGAUGUCCGUUGAUGAUAAGAAGGUCAUCAAAGUGUGGGAAAGCUCUCUGAAGCAUAGCGAUGGUCACUACGAGCUAGACAUUCCGUUUAAGUCGGAACCGACUCAACUACCUGACAACAAGCCCCUGGCUCUUAAGAGGUUGCAAUACCUAAGUAGACGCUUCGGGAAGGACCCAGAGUUGCAUCGAAGAUAUCAGUCGGAGAUCCAAACCCUUCUGGAUAAAGGGUAUGCUGAAGUUGUGCCUGAACGAGAGGUUGACGGUGUGCCAGGAAGGACCUGGUAUCUACCUCAUCACGCAGUCACGAACCCCAACAAGCCCGACAAACUGCGAGUCGUGUUUGACUGUGCUGCAGAAUAUCUAGGCAAUUCGCUGAACAAGUGCGUUCUGCAGGGACCCGAUCUAUCGAACAAUCUACUCGGCGUGCUGCUGAGAUUUAGAGAAGGACGUAUAGCAAUUAUGUCGGACAUAGAAGCGAUGUUCUAUCAGGUGAACGUUUCCCCCUCACAUAGGGAUGCCCUGAGAUUCUUAUGGUGGAAGGAUGGGGACGUCUCACGUGACCCAGGCAUUUAUCGUAUGAAGGUUCACCCCUUUGGUGGGGUUUGGAGUCCUAGCUGUACAAGCUUUGCGCUUCGUCAGACGGCUGAGCAGAACUCUGAUAUGUUUGAUCCCGAAACCGUGCAGACUGUGUUGAGAGACUUUUACGUGGACGACUGUCUCAAGUCUGUUGACAGUGAAAGCAAGGCAGUGAAACUGGUUGGAGAACUUAGUCAGCUGACUUCCCUGGGAGGUUUUCACCUUACCAAAUGGAUAUCAAACAACAGAAAGGUGCUACAAAGCGUUCCAGUGAACGACAGAGCUAAGGAAAUCAAGACACUUGACCUAGACCGUGGAACCUUGCCCAUUGAGAGGGCUCUUGGACUGAGUUGGGACACAAACAAUGACUCUGUCGGAAUUAAAACUAAUCCGAAGAAUGUGGCUCACACUAAGAGGGGACUCCUGAGUGUUACGAGCUCCAUAUACGACCCGUUAGGGCUUGUGUGUCCUUUCGUGCUCCAGGCGAAGAAGUUGUUCCAGUCCGAGUGCAAGUUGAUCAAAGGUUGGGAUGAAGAGUUACACGUUGACAACAAGAAUAGGUGGCUGAGAUGGCUACGUGAGCUUCCAGAGCUUGAGAAGGUGACAGUGGAUCGUUGUGUGCUGCCAGAAAGCUUUGGGGCAUGCACGACAAUGGAGAUUCACCACUUCUGCGAUGCUUCACAGGAAGCAUAUGGUGUGGUGUCGUACCUCAGGGCGGUAAACGACAGAGGAAGAGUUCACUGCUCCUUUCUCUUAGGAAAGUCACGCCUUGCCCCUAUAAAACAAAUGACAAUACCUAGAUUGGAACUCAUGGCAGCUGUGAUGGCAGUUCGUGUCAGCAGCACCCUAGAGCAGGAGCUGCAGUUAAAGAUUGACAGGAACGUUUUCUGGUCGGACAGUAUGAUAGUCUUGCAGUACGUAAAGAGCAAGACUAGACGGUUUCACACGUUUGUGGCCAAUCGUGUAGCGAUCAUACAUGAUGGUUCCUACCCAGAGCAGUGGAGGUACGUAGAUACGAAGUCGAACCCCGCAGACGAUGCUUCCAGGGGUCUAUCCGCUCCCGAGCUUGUUCAGAAGGGAAGGUGGCUACAGGGGCCGGAAUUCCUGUGGGGAGAUGAGUUGGAAUGGCCAAAACCUCCAGACGACUUGCCCGAUAUUCAAGACGAUGACAGGGAGGUCAAACAGAGCAUUCAGUCAUGCGUGGCUGUAACCGAGCACUCAGAAAAUCCUGUAGAUCGACUGCUGUCGUAUCACUCCACGUGGCAUCGGCUGCGUAAGGCCGUGGCUUGGCUACUGAAGUUCAAGAAGUGGUUGCGAGACCGUGCGAUGACAAAGAUGAGUUUGGAUGCUGCUGAUACUAUGGAAGCCGAACGGGCUAUUGUGCAGUACCUCCAAGGCAAAUGCUACGGUCACGAACUGUCGGAUUUGAGGUCCCAACGCGUCGUCAGUAGGAAAAGUCACAUCCAUGACUUGGAACCUUGCUUGCUGGACGACGGGAUUAUUAGAGUUGGCGGUAGACUGCAGGAAGCCCCUAUUCAGGAUUCAGCUAAGCACCCGACAAUAUUGCCCAGAGAUCACCACGUGACUGAGCUUAUCGUACGUCACACUCACGAGUGGCAGCAUAAAACCUAG